CGACUUCCGGUCCGGGUUAACACCGCUUAAGUACACUGCGUGGUUUGUGUAGCGCGGGGACAGACUUCUGAAGGCAAUUCAGUGGGUGAAGAGGAGAGUAUCGGCGUCUGAACUCAGAAGUCUGGAGUCUAGUGGGAGGAUAGGAAAAAAAGCCGGGAACCCAAAUACAAUCUAACCUCUGUUUCCGAGGGGGCAACUUCCACGGGAACCCCUCUGCCCUGGUAACGGCCAAAGAGGAGAUGGCGCCAGUCAGGGAGCGGCCGUGGCCGACACAGUGAGGAAGCUUGAAGGCGGAGCAACCGGAGAAGCCUCGGGAGAACAGCCAGAGCCGUCGCUGUCGCUACCACUGCCACCACCAUGGAAGGGGCAAAGCCGACUUUGCAGCUCGUAUACCAAGCAGUGCAGGCGCUUUACCACGACCCAGAUCCCAGCGGAAAGGAGCGCGCCUCGUUUUGGCUUGGAGAGCUGCAGCGUUCGGUUCAUGCAUGGGAGAUUUCAGACCAAUUGUUACAGAUCCGACAGGAUGUGGAAUCAUGCUACUUUGCUGCACAGACCAUGAAAAUGAAAAUUCAGACCUCAUUUUAUGAGCUCCCCACAGACUCUCAUGCCUCUUUACGGGACUCAUUACUAACCCAUAUCCAGAACUUGAAAGACUUGUCACCUGUCAUUGUAACGCAGCUGGCUUUAGCAAUAGCAGACCUUGCCCUACAGAUGCCUUCCUGGAAGGGAUGUGUACAAACAUUGGUGGAAAAAUAUAGCAAUGAUGUAACUUCUCUGCCUUUCCUGCUGGAGAUCCUUACAGUGUUACCUGAAGAAGUACAUAGUCGUUCCUUACGAAUUGGGGCUAACCGGCGCACAGAAAUUAUAGAAGAUUUGGCCUUCUACUCUAGUACAGUGGUAUCUCUGUUGGUGAGUAAGUGUGAAAUACUAAGUUGUUCUAGGUCAGUGAAAGCCUUAGUGAUGAGUUUAAAAGAAAUGUUCUCUGACUUGAAAUUUCAGGAGGGGGUUCCUGAGGAGACUGAUGACUUUGGAGAGUUUCGGAUGAGGGUAUCAGAUCUGGUGAAAGACUUGAUUUUCUUGAUUGGGUCUAUGGAGUGUUUUGCUCAGUUAUAUUCUACUCUGAAAGAAGGCAACCCACCCUGGGAGGUGACAGAAGCGGUUCUCUUUAUCAUGGCUGCUAUAGCAAAGAGUGUUGAUCCGGAGAACAAUCCAACACUUGUGGAGGUCUUAGAAGGAGUUGUCCGUCUUCCAGAGACUGUACAUACAGCUGUGCGAUACACCAGCAUUGAAUUGGUUGGAGAGAUGAGCGAAGUGGUUGAUCGAAAUCCUCAGUUUCUUGACCCUGUGUUGGGCUAUUUGAUGAAAGGCCUGUGUGAAAAGCCUCUGGCUUCUGCUGCAGCCAAAGCCAUUCAUAACAUUUGCUCUGUCUGCCGAGACCACAUGGCUCAGCACUUUAAUGGACUCCUGGAGAUUGCCCGUUCCCUUGAUUCCUUCAUGUUGUCUCCAGAAGCUGCUGUGGGCUUGCUAAAAGGGACAGCACUUGUCCUAGCCAGGUUACCUUUGGAUAAGAUUACUGAAUGCCUUAGUGAACUAUGUUCUGUUCAGGUUAUGGCAUUGAAAAAGCUGUUGUCUCAGGAGCCCAGCAAUGGUAUAUCCUCAGAUCCCACUGUGUUCUUAGAUCGCCUUGCAGUAAUAUUUAGACACACCAAUCCCAUUGUGGAAAAUGGACAGACUCAUCCGUGCCAAAAAGUCAUACAGGAAAUAUGGCCAGUUUUAUCUGAGACUCUAAAUAAACACCGGGCUGAUAAUCGGAUUGUAGAGCGUUGUUGCAGGUGCCUCCGCUUUGCUGUUCGCUGUGUAGGCAAAGGAUCUGCAGCCCUGCUUCAGCCACUGGUUACACAGAUGGUGAAUGUGUACCAUGUACAUCAGCAUUCCUGUUUCCUGUACCUUGGCAGUAUCCUUGUGGAUGAAUACGGCAUGGAAGAGGGCUGUCGGCAGGGACUACUAGACAUGCUCCAGGCACUGUGCAUCCCUACCUUUCAGCUGCUGGAACAGCAGAAUGGGCUCCAGAAUCACCCUGACACUGUGGAUGACCUGUUCAGGCUGGCCACCAGAUUUAUUCAGCGUAGCCCUGUCACCUUGCUGAGGAGCCAAGUGGUCAUCCCUAUCUUGCAGUGGGCCAUUGCUUCCACUACCCUGGACCACCGGGAUGCCAAUUGCAGUGUCAUGAGGUUCCUACGAGACCUUAUCCAUACAGGGGUAGCCAAUGAUCACGAAGAAGACUUUGAAUUACGGAAAGAACUGAUUGGACAGGUGAUGAACCAGCUUGGACAGCAACUUGUAAGCCAACUGCUCCACACGUGCUGCUUUUGUCUCCCUCCCUAUACCCUACCAGAUGUGGCUGAAGUGCUCUGGGAGAUCAUGCAGGUUGACAGACCGACUUUUUGUCGAUGGUUAGAGAACUCCUUGAAAGGUUUGCCAAAGGAGACAACUGUGGGAGCGGUCACAGUGACACACAAACAACUUACAGAUUUCCACAAACAAGUCACUAGUGCUGAGGAAUGUAAACAAGUUUGUUGGGCCUUGCGAGACUUCACCAGGUUGUUCCGAUAGCUCACACUCCUGAACUGUGCCUGUCACCCAGGAAUGUCUUUUUUAAUUAGAAGACAGGAAGAAAACAAAAACCAGACUGUGUCCCACAAUCAGAAACCUCCAUUGUGGCAGAGGGGCCUUCACCGCCACCACGGUGUCCCGCCAGACAGGGAGAGACUCCAGCCUUCAGAGGCCGUCCUGAGGAGUUCCUGUUUGGGGGUGUGAGGGAAAAUCAGCGCGGUUUAAAAAAAAGAUGGCUGCGGCCUGUCCGGCGUGGUGGGAGGGGAGCUGGUUUCCUGGUGAACUUGUUUCAAAGGAAGAAUAAUUUUAAAGAAAUAAAAAAGGAAAAAAAGGAAAACUAAA